CAAGCUAGGAAAUUAACAGUGUGCUUCAUUUUUAUUACUUUUUUAAGGUUUUGACAGCCAAAAACAUAAAUUAGUUACAACUUAACAUACACAACCUGGUGUGUAGUCGGUUUUAUUUCUACUGAAUUAUUGCACUAGAGAUAUUUUCGUCAGACUAACUACAAUGAUGCGCAAAAAACGACGCUCCUCUGUGGAAAAAGCAGAAGGAACUACUACUACGACGAGUAAAGCAAAGAAGAGUCGCAGUAGUAGUCGCCAGUCGAAGGAAGCUGUUCCAGAGGAGACAAAUGAAAGUGUUUUUGGCAUCUUUCUACGAGAAGCAGGUGUUACCUUGAAACAUGGUGGCACACCUAAUGAGAUUGCUGUUGACCAAGUCAUUUUCCAAAAAAGGGUACAGAAACAACUCCAGAAGAGCCCCAGAUACCCUGGAAUUGUACAGGAAUUCAUUGCUGGAUUAGAGUCUCAUAUUGAGGAUGCUGAUAGGUUUAGGAACAGCCUCCUUCCAUGUGUUCCACGACUGCCUGAUGGAGACUCCAGUUGUGCCAGCUCAUUCCAGGAAAGUCUGCUGCGUAUGCUGUUGGGGAUUGAGAUGCUGCAGACUUUGAUCAUUAACACCUUGCUUGAAAAACUCCCUGAAUUUAUGCUCGACGGAACUAGUGAUGGAGGACUCAGUAUCCCUCGCAUAAUAAUUAACCAGCUCAAAUGGCUGGACAGGAUUGUAGACAGCAAGGAGUUGGCUACUAAGCUCAUGGAGCUGGUGUCUGUGGCACCAGUAGAUGUUCAGCGUGACAUUAUCACCAGUUUACCAGAGAUACUGGAAGACUCCCAGCACAAUGACAUAGCCCAGGAGCUCAACUCUUUACUUCAACAGAACACUCAGUUGACCGUACCCAUCCUGGACGUCCUCUCCAGUCUGAACCUCAGCUCCUCCAUACUGGCUGAGGUUCGUUCCGCUGUCAUGUCCACGUUGGCUGCCGUCCAGUUGGAGGACCUGCCUGUGGUGGUCAAGUUCAUCCUGCACUCUGUCUCAGCCUCUGAUGCAUACGAGGUGGUGUCCAACCUUCGUAAGAAGCUGGAGCUGGAGCUGUGUGUUCUCCCUCCAGGGCUCCAGGCCUCCCAGAGCCACAUCAUGAGCAAAGGGAAGACAGUAUCCACGAACUCACCAGCAACUGGAAGACAGGACAGCGUUACUCUGACAUUAGAUGGCAUUAAGACAGCGGUGCGAUUCCAGAAAACCAUAUCUGAAGCUUGGAUUAAGGCAAUUGAGUCAGUGGAAGAAGUAGAGGAUCACAAGGUUAUAGAUCUACUGGUGCUGUUCAUCCUCCACACAACAAAUGCAAACCAGAGCCGUCGGGCGGCAGAGAGGGUCCUGAAGGCCAAAGUGAGGAAUGGACAGAUCCAAGAGUCACUGCUUCAGAAAACGUUCAGGGACUAUGCUCAGGUCAUGCGUGGGUAUUUUCCCUCCAUUCUGGCCCUGGCUCAGUGUUUGUUGCGUUCCCCUGAUCCCAGUGUGGUGCCUUUUGGUGGACAUAUGUAUCGACACUCAUUCACUGUUUUUGACUCUUACUGCCAGCAGGAAGUAGUGGGCUCUUUAGUAACUCACGUGUGCAGUGGAGUGGGUGGGGAGGUGGACAUGGCUCUGGAGCUGCUCUGUGGCCUGGUUACAGAAAAACCGUCAGAAAUGGCCCUUUAUGCUGUUUUUGUGAAGGGUGUCUUGGAUUACAUGGACAACCUGACACCUCAGCAGAUCCGUAAACUCUUUAACCUUCUGAGCACACUGGCGUUUGGGCAGCAGCAAGGAUCUCACAUCCAGGAUGACAUGCACAUCGUUGUCCGCAAACAGCUCUCCAGCACCGUGCCCAAAUACAAGAGGAUCGGUAUUAUCGGUGCUGUUAUGAUUAUUGGCAGCAUGGGGGCUUUGAGGUCUAAGGGGAAGGAUUCACAGAACAGCUCUAUACCUCAGGAGAUGUACAGACAGUUGACUGCCCUGUUGGAGCUGGUGCAGUCGAGCAGCCAAAGCUCAGCUGAAGCUACAGCUCUGUACUAUGAUGAACUGGCCAACUUGGUCCUCACGUCCACCCUGGACCCACAGGUUCAGGAGAAGAUUGGAAGUAGUGUCUUAAAUGACUUCCAGGAUGACUUUGUGGUGGAUCUAGGCCCUGACAUAACAGGUUCCUUCCCCUUGUCUGCCAAAGUGAUGUACAACCUGGAUGAGGAUGAGAGUCAGGGAGGCAUCGCCAUCAACCUGUUGCCUCUGCUGGCCAGUGACUUCCAGAACAAAGGGGAGCAGCAGAGUCAAACCACGAAGAGCAGGAGAGCGUCCCCACUCUGUUUGUCUCCAUUUUUUCGUCUGCUGAGAUUGUGUGAAGAGAAACAGCAUCAGGGAGACCUAGAGGAGAUCGAUGCCCUCCUGGGUUGCCCUCUGGUGUUAACAGACAUGGAUGUAGGAGAGAAAGUGGAGGCUCUUUCCAAAGCUGAGAGGGAGUUCUUCUGUACUUUGCUCUUUCACUCCAUCAACUGGUUUCGAGAGGUUGUAAAUGCAUUCUGUCGUCAAAAAGACACUGAGAUGAAGAUGAAAGUGAUGACUCGUCUGCAGAACAUCACCUAUCUUCAGACACAGUUGGAGAAAGCUUUGGCAGCAACACCUGGCUAUGUUCUACCUGUUGCUAACUUUGAUGGAGAAAACACUGAAGGAGUCACACUGAGUUCUGCUGCUCCUGUGAACAAAACUAAGAAAGAUGGGACUGGGAAGAAGAGGAAGGCUCCAGGUAAAAACUCGUCUGAAAGCAGUUCUCAGCUUGAGGAGGCGACUGAAGCAGAUGAAACUCAGCAGGAUCUGCCUGAGAAGGAGAAGGAGAAGGAGAAGGAAAAGGAAAAGGAGACCAGGCCGGGAAUCAGCCUUACGUCCUACAGACAGUUUUUCAGGGAGUUGGACAUGGAGGUGCUCAGUGUGCUCCAGUGUGGUUUAAUCUCCUGCUCUCUUUUAGACUCUGAGCUCCAUACAAAGGUGCGAGAAGAAGUUCUGCUGGGUCCUGCUGAGCUGGUGUUCCUGUUGGAGGAUAUGUUUCGGAAAGUGGAGUUCAGUCUCAUUGCUGCCCCUGCCAAGAGAACUCCGUUCCUUAAGGGGAAGAUGGAUAGGAGUGCAGGCUUCUCCCACCUUCAACAGAGGAGUCCCAAGGAUAUCGCUUCUUGCAGUGUCCAGCUGCUGCCGGCCCUCUGCUCACACCUAGAGAACUGCCACAACCACUUCCAGACCGUGCUCUCUGAGAAUAAUGGCGUUGUGGAUGGACCAGCCACUGAUGUCCAGGAGCAUCAGCUUAUGACAACGGCCUAUCAGCUUCUCCUGCAGGUCCUGAACACAACCUUCAGCUGGUCUGGAUUCAGCCAGCCGGGUCAGCGGAGCUUACUGAAGAAAGCUCUUGGAGUUUUGGCAGGGCGACUUAAAGAAGGAGGUGCUGAGCUGUCGAUGGAAGAACUUGUGAAACACAGCUUUGAGUAUUUGCUGAACUUUCGCAGCACGAUGCCGAGUCUCAGCACAGCAUUGUGUCUGUCCCAGCUUCUGUCCACUGUGUCAGAGAAAGGAGGAUACUCCUCUGCCUACAGGGAGCAAACUGCAUCCCUCGCACGACGUUUCCUGAGCCAAGAAUGGGUGACACCCAGCGGAGAGAAGGAGCGAGGGACCAAGUUUAAUGAGACCCUUCACACUGUACUGAGCAUUUACCUGGAGCAUGUUGAUGAUGUUCUGAAGGCUGUGGAGGAAAUAGCUGGAGAAGGAAUCCCUGAGCUUCUGAAUGCAGCCAAAGAUGAGAGCUCCACAUCCUGGCCCACCCUUAACAGGCAAACAUUCUUGGUUUUCUAUAAAGUCCUAAUGGCAGAGUUAGAAAAAUCUGUCCGGAAGAUUCCUGCUGCCAGAACUGGUGACAACGCUGAGGUUCAGAGUGAGAAGCUGCUGACAUGGAACCUGGCUGUCAGAGACUUUCACAUCCUGGUCAACUUGGUUAAGGUGUUCGACUCCAGGCUGGUGGUCAAUGUGUGCCUAAAGUAUGGCCGCCUUUUCCUGGAGUCUUUCUUGAAGUUGGGGAUGCCACUGCUGGACUACAGUUUCAAGAGGCAUAAGGAGGAUGUCCAGAGUUUGCUGAAGACCUUCCAGCUCAGCACCCGGCAGCUCCAUCACAUGUGUGGACACUCCAAGAUUAAUCAGGACACAAGCCUGACCAAUCACGUUCCAGCCUUGAAGAAGAGUCUCGAGCUGUUUAUUUACAGAGUGAAGGCCAUGCUGACACUCAACAACUGUCAGGAGGCAUUUUGGAUGGGCAACCUCAAGAAUCGCAACCUAAAGGGAGAAGAAAUUCUAUCUCAGAGGUCGCAAGGAAGUGAGAAUGAGGAAGAUGAGGAGGAGGAGGAGGAGCAACAUGUAUCGCACCUUCAGGACCAGUCAGAGGAUGAGGUCCAAAAUAGCGACUCUGAAGGAAGAAGAAAAGUUAACAGAGGGGAAGAGGAGGAUCAAGAUAAUAUGACAGAUGACUCUGACUGAUACUGUAAUUAACAGGAUGGUAAAUCAGUUUGCUUUGAUUUUAAACUUCUGCAACAUGUUAAUACCUAAUUUCACCUUUAAGAGUUUUAGAUGUUUUUAUGCAACACUUUAAUUAAAUACUGCUGCUUACUAACAAAUGUGGUCCACAAUGACGGUAUACUCUAUAACAGGGGUGUCAAACUCAUUUUAGUUCAGGGGCCACAUACAGCCUAAUAUGAUAUAAAGUGGGCUGGACAGGUAAAAUAGUACAA